AUGGUUCAGGAGGCGGAGCUACAGUACAGGACUGUCCAAUGGGACGAAAGACUUCUACAACCAGCUGGCAAGACGGCUGCAGGUCCGCUGUUCAACAUCCACAGUCCUGACGGUGCUGUCAGUCAGCUCCACCUGCCACACUGUGAAAUCAUGGAUGCUCCGCUACCUGAAGGUCUGCUGUCUGUCGUCCACAUCACUGAUGAUGGAAUGAGCUUCUUGGAGCCGCUGGAGAUUACAGACACUCAUGUGGUUGUGAACGUCCCUCACUUCUCUCUCCUGGGCCUCGUCUGGGACGUUGUUCAGAGGUUUAUGAACAUCAUACGACCAAUCAGUGGCCAGGUUCUGCUGUUCCUCCGACCUCCACGUGGUGAUAAUCGAAUACUUGACGUAUUACUGCUGCAGAGCAACAUUCCUCUGAGUGAGGUUGCCGCCCAACAAGAACCAGCUGAGUACAUUAAGAUCACCUCCAAAUGUCAUCUCACCGUUGGUCAAAGCUACAGUGUUCACUGUGAACCUGAAGACUACAGAAUCCAGCCUAAGGAUUCAACAUUUGAACCAGACUAUGGACCAAACUUCUUCCCAACAUUUGAGGUUUUCCUCACUGCAAACCAAGAGGAAGUGACUCUGAUGGUCCAAAACCAAGAGAGGGCACCGGUGUGGAAUCGGGUGGUGAAACUGACAGGUCCAACAAGUGGAAAUGUGUUCGUCCCAGCAGAGAAGAAGCUGCUGAGGGUUCGGGAACAGUUUGUUAGCAGAGUGUCUGAACCUAAUCUAGACCAGCUUCUGGAUAAACUUCUUGGGUUUGGUGUUAUAAAUGAUGGUGAAAUGGAGUCGGCCAGAACAGGAACGCGAGUGGACAAAGCUCGUAAAGUGAUCGACAUGGUGCGAAGAAAAGGAAGUGAAGCCAGCUCAGAUUUUAUUGUUGCCCUCUGUGAGGUGGAUCCAAACCUUUCCACACAGCUCAACUUAAGCUGAGUGUGAAGAUGAAACUGUACAACAGCUGACU